AUGACAUACCUGAAAAAUAUAAUCUUAAAGCUUCUUGAAACAGGUGAAGUGGAGGCUCUAUUACCUGUACUUGGUAUGAUUCUUCAACUUAGUCCGGACGAGGUCAACCUGCGUUCAUAUGAUGCUCCGAAACCAUCACACUUCCCUCUUGUGAUGCACAAGUGUCAACAAGCGUACCGAGCUUCCGGAGAUUUAUACUGUCCAGAAAAUGUGAACUACGACAGAGCCAUUAUACGUCACGAAGAGUGUAACAAGAGAGAACAUCGUGGCAGGGCUCUGGAAGGAACAUCACCUAUCAGAAAUUUGAAUGCGCGUGAGUUGGGACCAUCCAUUUUGCAUUUCACCAUCUGGUCGUUUGCAGUAGGUGAUAAUGUUGGAUUCGGCUUAAAUUAA